UUUCAAGUCUCCAACUCCUCCGUAGCCAGCUGUGAAGAGCUCCCCCGUAGCCAGCGGAUUAACUGCUUCUCCAUAUAGCCUUAUUAUUCAGUCGUCGUUUAAAUUUCAGAACUGGGUUUUUACGAUUUUCCCCACCUGCUCAAUAGUUAUCAACUCCAGAGAUGUAAGUUUCAAAGUUCCUCUUUUUUUUUUGGGGGAGAAAUUGAAGCUACUAUUGCUUUCUUCAAUCUUGUGUACUCUUUAUUUUAUCAAUGAUUGUUUUUCCAGAUACCUAUUUCAUUGAGCUGAAAUUUUACUAUUAGCUAUUUACGACACCCUUCAAUGUGUAUAUGAAGAAUUAGUAGCAUUUGAAUGGGAAGGCCUCCUUCAUUUUUCACUAAUCUCUGCAUCCGCCGGACCCCGAAUACCCAUUUCCAAAACCCUAAUAGUCAAAUCCGAAACCGAAACAAUAGUAAUACCAGUAAAAGCAGUGCUGGGAAUGGAGAAUUCGUGCAAAAUUCAGAUGCAAAUGUGGUUAAAAUUCAUGACUUUAAACCGCAGGGUUUUACUGAGAUAGCCAAAGCGGUAUCCAAGAUUAUCCGCAGCCGACCCCGAUGGGAGGAAACCAUUCUUUCAGAAUUUCCAACUGUGAAUUUUGUUGAUCCCAGCUUCUACAAUGAGGUCUUGAAGCACCAAAAUAAUGUAUUUCUGUCUCUCCGAUUUUACUAUUGGAUUAGUUCUCAACAUGGGUUCUUGCCAGAUUCUGUCUUGUGUACUGUGAUUUUUAAUGGACUUGUGGAGGCCAAGGCUGCUAAAAUUGCACAAAAUUUCCUUGGUUUUAUGAGAUUUAUGCCGGAGCCCAAUGACCUGGAGCGUUAUGCAGAGUGCCUUUGUGAAAAUGGAUUGAUUGAGGAUGCUCUUGAGGUAUUUGAUUAUUUGAAGUGGGUAAACUACUGCCCCACAUUGAAGACAUGGAAUUCAGCGUUGUCGGGUGCACUUCAGGCAAGAAGGGCUGAUAUUGUUUGGAAAGUUUAUGGGAAUAUGAUCGAAAGUGGUGUUAGCGCAGAUGUGGAUACUACUGGAUACUUGAUUGAUGCUUUUUGCAUGGAUGAUAAUGUUUGGAAGGGUUAUGAACUUCUUCGCCAAGUUGUGAACGGUGGUCAUUUUCCUUCUAGUGUCGUUUCUAAUCAAUUGAUACGUGUAUUCAGUAAGAGUGGGAAUUAUUCAAGAAUGUCAGAUGUACUGCACAUUAUGAUUGCGAUGAAUCAGCCCCCAGGUAUAUUUACUUAUCAGGAAGUUAUCAAUGGGCUAUGCAAGAGAAAUAUGAAACAUGAGGGUUUUCGAGUUUUUAAUGAUCUCAAGGAUAGAGGAUAUGCUCCAGAUCGGGUAAUGUACACCACAAUGAUUCAUGGCCUUUGCAAAAUGAAAUGGCUAGGAGAUGCUCGGAGGUUGUGGUUUGAAAUGAUACAAAAGGGUAUGAUUCCUAAUGAGUAUACAUACAAUGCUCUCAUUUAUGGGUAUUUUAAGAUUGGUAAUCUAGCAGAAGCUGAGAGGCUUUCCAAGGAAAUGUGCGAAAUUGGUUAUGGUGAGACCACUGUGAGUUACAACACCAUGAUUAAGGGCCUUUGCUUGAAUGGGAAAGUAGAAGCAGCUCAUGACUUGUUCCAACAAAUGGCUGAGAGAAAUGUUGCCUGUGAUGUCAUCACAUUCAACUCUCUGAUUCAGGGCUUCUGCCAGGAAGGUAAUAUAGCUAUGGGAACAAAGCUUUUACAUGAUCUUAUAAAUAGGGGUUUGCAACCAUCAACUGCCUCGUAUACAGUGCUAAUUGAAAAACUUUGUGAGAUGGGGCAUGUUGAGGAAGGUACAGUACUCUGGAAAGAUAUGCAAGAAAGGGGUGUGUUACCUGCUGUCUGUAGUCAUGAUUCAAUCAUUGUUGGACUGGUUGAGCAAGGCUUUCUUGCUGAGGGGAUGGAGUGGCUGAGCAAUAUGCUAGAGAGUCGGCGCAGACCACGGCAGGAAACUUUUGAGAGACUGAUUCACUGUCUUUCUGAAGCAGAUAAGUGGGGUGAUGCCUUAUUUGUUUUAGGUAGUAUGCUGAAGAUGGGGUAUACCCUGAAUGAGUGCAUUUGCCUUUCUGUUGUGGGCAAACUCUGCAAUGAUAAUCCCAGUGGUGUUGAGAAAUGUAUAGAGGAUGUCCUUAGAACAGCAAAUGCUUCGUAGAACUGUUUGUAUUCUCGACUCUUCUACAAGAAAAAGAAAAGAUCCACAUUAGUUCGUAUUCUUUUUUAAUUUUUAUUUUUAUUUUUGCGUCUGUCGCCAUUGUUUGUAAUACCUCACCAUGUAUCCAUUUAAUCCUCCAACUGGAACUUUGUUGGAUGAAGAGGAGUAUGUGAAUUGGAGAAUCAGAAUUAGGGUUCUUGAA